AUGGAGCGUGAUUUCUACGGAAAUCUACCAUCAGAAAUCACCACCAACAUCCUCUCACGCCUGCCCAUCCGAAGCCUCGCAAUCAGCAAGUCUGUUUGCAAACCAUGGCUCAAUCUAAUCGAUUCCCACGAUUUCCACAAAUCCGAAAUCAAAACCCCACCCGCUCUAGCUCUCUUGACAAAGAAGACGAUGGGCUCAACUCGGUGCACGAUUUUCGAAAUUGAAGGCAGAGACGAAGUUGAUGUGGAGAAGAGCCAUGAUCUGAACUACAUUCCCCUCAUGGAUUUGGAGAUUCCUCACGGAAACAGCGAAUUCAUGGAAGGUAUCACCGCCGGUGGAUUGCUUCUUCUGUACUCGCAAUCAAUGGAAGGUAAUCCUCUUUACCUCUGCAAUUUGAUCACUCGUGAAUACACGGAGCUCUGUUUCCCUGAGGCUCAUGCGCUCAAUUUUGGAUUUGGUGUGAGCAAAAUAAGUGGGCAAUAUAAGGUGCUCGUUAUCAAUAGGCUCCGUGAAUCCGACUCUGGUCAUCACGUAUACACCCUCGGAACAGGAACAUGGAGGCGUGUUGAAGCCGGCGCUGCUUCCGGUUUCAAAUUUUUUGGUCAGAACAUUGUAUGCAAUGGCAACCUCCAUUGGAUAGUAUUCGAUUCGAGUCAUAACAUAUGGAUUUGUGGUUUUGAUGUUGAAACGGAAUGUUUUAGAAUCUUCUCUGUUCCUCCUGGUGGAGAUAGAGGUGGGGAUUUGUCUGUCUUGAGGGACCGCUUGUGUUAUUCUUAUACAUGCGACAUGGAAGUUGUCAUUUGGAUGAUGAAGGAAUACCAAGUCGAUGCUUCUUGGACCAUAGAGUACAAGUUGCGUACUAUUGGUUUUGCUUUUGAUUUGGAUUAUAUAUGUGUUCAUCCAAUCAAACAUUUCAAGGAUGGUGACAUUUUGAUGUUGCUGGACGAAACUGUUCUUAUCUACUGCUCUAACAAGACAAGAAUUUUUCAACAAGUCGGUAUGUUUAAGGAUGUAGCUGCGGGUUACCUUACCGCCCUGAUUUUCACGCCUAGCCUUUUCUCACUCAAGAAUUUUGGAUUCGAGAAUCACACUCUCUACUUUCGUGGCUUCAAUGCCGGUGCCCUCUUCAUCCUUGUUGCUGUGGAUAACCAGAUGGUCGUCGUUCCCCGGGCUGGCGAGCACAGCAAAUGGAUAACUUACUCGUUGCUGUUGACGUCGGAGACAAAGUGA